AUUUUAUGAUGGCUUCAACACUUUCAAUCUCAACUAGUGAUCACAGUACAAAACUCGUAUAUCAUUUUUUGGCCUCUUCAUCUUCUGGAAUUAGUGUUCAGGAGUCUAGUGCAGAGAAUUCUUCCUUGACAUUAUCAGACGGAAGAAAUAUCUCAGGUUCAAACUCUGUGAUUAGUUAUUUGGUUGAGAAUUUUGGUAAAAAUUCUAUUGGGGCCAAGAAUUCUGAUGACGUUGCCGAGGUUCAAAAAUGGCUGGACGCUACACAUUCGGUCGACCAGAAUUUAUCAGAAGUUGCUGGGAUUCUAGAUAAACAUCUGGCUACUCGAACCUUUAUUGUGGGAAAUUAUUUAUCGGUGGCAGAUUUAGUUGCGUUUUCACGAAUUCAUCAUUUUUUUGCUAGCUUGUCUGUUCAACAACGCUUUGGGGUUCCCAACUUGACGCGUUGGUUCGACUUUAUCCAACAUACUGCGGUAGUAGAAGUAGGUCCUCGUUGUGAUUUAAAUGCCGUUGAGAUUGAUUUAAAUGCACCAAAGAUUGUCAAAGUAGUUGAACCAAAGAAAACAAAGCCUGGUAAGACAAAAGCUGGUGACAAAGGUCAAACAACCGAAGUUUCACCUUCAGCACAGAAAACCACCAAGAAAUCGGAUAAAAAAGAGAAAAAGAAAGAAUCUAGUGAUUCGGCUGCUAUAAAAGUUGGAGGAACUACAUCUACGUCAUCGAUUUCUCCUCAAUUGCUUGAUUUGCGAGUUGGCCAUAUUAUCAAAGCUGAAAAACAUCCGGAUGCAGAUUCUUUAUACGUCGAACAAAUUGAUGUUGGCGAAGCAGAACCGAGAACAGUUGUUAGUGGUUUGGAUCGUGAUGUAGUCUUGUUGUGUAACUUGAAGCCCGCAGCGAUGCGUGGUGUUAAAUCGUAUGCGAUGGUACUUGCGGCAACCUCAGCAGAGGGUAAGGUCGAACUUAUUGAACCACCGAAAGGUUCAAAACCGGGUGACCGGGCAUAUUUUGAAGGACAUGAAGGUACCCCAGAACCAUUGUUGAAUCCCAAGAAAAAAAUUUGGGAAACCUUGCAACCCGGGUUAAUAACAACUACAGAAAAAGUAGCAUCCUGGGUUAACCAAGAGACCAAAAGUGUUCAUUUGUUGAAAACCCAGAAUGGCCUUUGCACUGUUCCUAGUGUAGUGAAUGCCACUAUUAAAUAG